UGUCCAUUAAUUACGUAAGGGAAUUUUAUCGAUUUUUCGACACCCCCUCCCCCCCUUGUAAGACUUUUUGUAUGAGAACCCAAAAAAAUUUGUAUGGCGCGUAAGAUUUUUCAAACCCCCCCUCCCCCCAAAAACCCUUACGUAAUUAAUGGACAGCCCCUAAGUUUACUGAAUAGCUGAAUCAUUGUUAUUGUUGUGACGGGGCUAUAAAUAGUCAAGUAAUAAAGCUAGCUGGGUUGUAUUUCGAUCCAGUGUACUAAACAGUAUUCUUCUGUGUGGUUACUCAAACAUAACAGCUGGCGACGAGUGAUAAACAAGGUUGAGAACAAUUGCAGUUGGCAGUGUAAUAAUCGGCGGCAAAGAUUUCGAUAGUGCGGUCAGUGAGGCGUUUUGGAACGGUGUUGCAGUAGAAAGGAUUGGAGCAGUGAUUAAAUUGUGACUCAUCCGCGGAUUGUGUUUGGCUGUUUAUCUUCCGGCCAAGUAGCAUUUGCGCUGUUGGAAGUUGGUUGUUGGCGUGUCGCACAAGCCGGUCGGAUAGCGACGCCAGAAAAAUUCAGACAACGGCAAGAGAGAGCCAGAAGGAAGAAAAGUGAAUUGGGAAUUGAAAAGGGAUUCCGGUGGUGCGAUAGCAGCGGCGAGUGCUGAGUUUUGUAUGGACAUAGGCGGGUUCUGGUGACGGGUGGCAUCGUUGGUGUUCUGGAGUGGACAAGAGGCUGGAAAACGAAUUCCUGGGUAAUCAUCAAAGUAGAAACAGUGCAGUCGAAAUGGCGUUGAUCGGUACAAUCGACCCUUAUGUACCCGGAACAAGUUUUUCCAACUAUGUUGAGUUGAUUGAGUUUUUUUUUUUCAUCUAAUAAUAUAGUAGAAGAGCGUAAAAAGGAUGUUUUUAUGAGCUGUGCUGGAUUAGCCGUUUUCGAAGAGCUAAAGCUUUUAUAUCCUGCUACAGAUCUCAAAACGUUGUCUUAUGCGGAGAUAACAAAAAAAUUAAAGGAGCGAUUAGAUAAAAUAGAUUCAGAAAUCAUGUUACGUUAUAAGUUCCGUUGUAGACGACAAAGCCCUACGGAAAGUGGAGAGAAUUACGUAUUAGCAGUGAAGCAUUUAGCCGUAUCUUGCGACUUCGGAGCGUUUCGCGACUCCGCCAUACGCGAUCAGUUAGUUUUUGGAGUGUACAAUAGAGAAUUGCAGAAAAGAUUGUUGAAUGAAGAGGAACUAAGCUUGAAGUCAGCAGAAAGGAUCAUAAAAGGUUUCGAAAUGGCGAACAAUAAUAGCCAGUAUUUUGCCGAAACUGGAGCAGCAGUUGGAGUCAAUUCAGUCAGGAAUCGUCUUGGAAACAGACAAUCUAGAGUUGAAAGAAGAGAUCGUAGCCGUAGUAGGUCCAGAGAUAGGAAUUAUGGCAGGAAUGAGGAUGGACGUUCAAGUUAUAGAAGAAUGGAAGGCCGGUCAAGAUCGGGGCACCGGAAUGUGAGCAGAGGUAGAUACGCAAAUUUCGUCUGCAAUUUCUGUAGGAAGCGCGGUCACAUUCAAAAGAAUUGCUACCGAUUCAAAAACAGUCAAGGCGAGUCGGUGAAUUCGGUAAAGGAGGACACGGCAUCUAAGGAAGUUCACGAUUAUUUCAAAAGGCUUCGAGUAGAUUACAGUUCGGAAAGUGAGGAUGAAGGUGAUUAUCCAUGUCUUAUGAUCUCAUCUAUUAGAAAAAUAAGCAAACCUUGUCUACUCGAGGUCAAAAUAGAAGGAACAUCUUGUUUAAUGGAGGUAGACAGUGGUUCGGCUGUGUCUGUGAUGAGUAAGGCCGAUUUUUUGGAGAAAUUUAGUAGUAUCAGCUUGAGGAACAGUAAUAGGAAAUUGAUUGUGAUCAACGGAUCAAAUUUGGAAAUUUAUGGUAAAGCUUCAGUUUCAGUAUUUUUAAAUGGAAUUUUAGCUAAAUUGGAAUUAGUAGUUUUGAAUGGAAAUCAUCAAUUUACAUCACUGAUUGGAAGAGACUGGUUGGACAUUUUUUGUGAAGGUUGGCGUGAUAAUUUUACGCAUUUUUCAAAAUCUGGCAGUUUUGGCAUGGUAAACAGCAUAGAAGAUAACAAGGACAACGCUAUGAAGAUAAUUAAACAGCGCUAUGAUGAAACUUUCAAUAGAGACUUCUCCUCUCCUAUUAUUGGAUUUGAAGCGAAUCUGGUACUACAAGAGGAUCGCCCUAUUUUUAGAAAACCUUACGAUGUGCCUUAUCGGCUCAGAGACAAAGUAUUGGAUCAUUUAAGUUUGUUGGAAAGGGAUAAUAUCAUUACGCCCAUUAAAACCAGUUUAUGGGCAUCUCCAGUGGUGGUAAUUAUUAAAAAAGAUGGCGAUAUCAGACUAGUAAUAGACUGCAAAGCAUCUAUAAACAAGGUGUUAAUAUCCAAUACUUACCCGUUACCCACUGCCCAGGAUUUAUUCGCGUCAUUGGCGGGCUGUAAGAUUUUCUGCUCCUUGGACUUAGCAACAGCUUACACUCAGCUACAGUUGUCAUCAAGUUCAAGAAAAUUGGUAGUUAUCAAUACAAUCAAAGGUCUUUUCACAUACAACAGACUACCACAGGGCGCUUCGUCAAGUGCAGCAAUAUUUCAACAGGUGAUGGAGACAAUUUUGCAAGGGAUCGAAUACGUUUAUCUUGACGAUGUUCUUAUUGCAGGAAAGGACUUUGAAGAUUGUUAUAGAAAACUAAUUUUUCGGUACACCUGGCUGGGGUCCGACUUGCCGACAUUACUGCUGACCUUCGGGGUUUGUAUCCUUCUGGCCUUGCGGGCACCGCCAGACAGCUCCUCACCUGACAACUGCCUCAUCCACUUCUACGAGUGCUUAUCACGAGCAGUCGCAUCCACCACACCUCUUGGAGUACCUGCAAAUGCGAAGGCCUAG